CGAAUUUUAUAUAUCGAUCUCUUUUAUAUCUGUUUACAAAACAAAUAUAUAAACAAAAUAAUUAAUCGUCAUUGUUAUUUUUUAUCAAUAAUUAGGUAAUUGAUAAUGAGUGAAAUUGAGUGGCCUUGGCAGUACAGUUUCCCGCCAUUUUUUACAUUACAGCCUCAUGCAGAAACAAAAGAAAAACAAUUGUCAGCAUGGACAAGUUUAGUUUUAAAUUAUUACCAAGCAACGAAACAAUCAAUUUUAGACACAAGAGAAAUUCAUUCUAGUCCAUUAUUUAAUAAUACAGCGAUCAAAAGAAAAUUAUCACCAGAAGUGGUACAACUGAUACUAGAUAAUUUACAAAAAUCAGGCAACGCAACAGCUCUAGACAAAUCAAAACAAAGAUGGUUAAUUCACUGGCAUACUCUAGAGGAAUGGGGUAAUAUUGUCUAUACCUGGGCACAAGACAAUGGAUUCCUCAACAGCGUUUGCACACUAUUUGAAUUAACUCAAGGAGAAAAUACCGUCGAUCAAGAAUUUUAUGGACUUGACACAGAAGUUAUUUUGAGAUCACUUAGGACAUUAGAGCCACAAGGUAAAGCUGAGUUAAUUAUUUUUGAUGAUAAUCAGGGUGUUAAAUUUUUUUAAUUAUUAUAAUUAAUUAAUUUUAAUAAACAACAAUUUAUUUUAUCGAUAAAAUAUCUUUAUUCUAUUACAAUUUUCGUACA